AAACCCCACAAACUGAGAGUGUGUUGGUGCGCCAGACCCGUGAAAGAAAAAGUCGAACAUCGCAAAAACGUUUUGCUGGAACGCGUUUUCAUCCGUAAAGUUGUUCCAUUUUCCUGGUGAAAAUCUAUACCGAACUGAUGAUAAACUAGUGAAUUUUGCUAAUUAGCGGACGCCAAUACCGGAACCAACAAUGGCUCUUCCGCCGUAUAUGAUUCCGCCUAAUCAAUGGGCCGCCCAUAUGAUGGCCCAGCAGCAGGCAUUCGCUGUUCAGCAAGCUCAGGCCCAGCAGCAGCAUCAAGCGGCCGCGGCUCAGAUGCACGCCCAGCAGUUGGCUGCCUCACAGAUGCAGAUUCCGCCCCCAAUGGGACACAUUCCGCCACCCGGACCACCCAAACCGGAUCUUGUCCUGUCGGAGGAAAAGUUGAUCGAGAAGGCUCAAAAGUGGCAACAGUUACAAACCAAGCGAUUUGCUGAGAAACGGAAGUUUGGGUUUAUCGAUGCUCAGAAGGAAGACAUGCCACCGGAGCACAUCCGGAAAAUUAUAAGAGAUCACGGAGAUAUGACCAGCAGGAAGUACAGACACGACAAGAGAGUAUAUUUGGGAGCGUUGAAGUAUAUGCCGCACGCAGUCAUGAAACUGCUGGAAAACAUGCCGAUGCCGUGGGAACAGAUUCGGGAUGUGCCGGUUCUGUACCACAUCACCGGAGCAAUCACCUUCGUAAACGAGAUUCCCUGGGUGAUUGAACCGGUUUAUAUUGCUCAGUGGGGCACCAUGUGGAUUAUGAUGCGUCGUGAGAAACGUGAUCGUCGUCAUUUCAAACGAAUGCGUUUCCCGCCAUUCGACGACGAAGAACCUCCGCUGGAUUAUGCGGACAACGUUCUGGACGUGGAACCGCUGGAAGCCAUCCAGAUCGAGCUGGACACUGAAGAAGAUGCAAGCGUCCACGAUUGGUUCUACGAGCACCGACCGCUUAUCGGAACGCCUUACGUGAAUGGAUCGACCUAUCGGAAGUGGAAUUUGGCGUUGCCGCAAAUGGCGACGCUCUAUCGGUUGGCCAACCAGCUGCUAACGGAUCUGGUCGACAGCAACUUCUUCUAUCUGUUCGAUCCGAAGAGUUUCUUCACGGCCAAGGCCCUGAACAUGGCCAUCCCGGGAGGACCGAAGUUCGAGCCGCUUAUCAAGGACCAUAACGUCGGGGACGAGGACUGGAAUGAGUUUAACGACAUUAACAAAAUCAUCAUCCGGCAGCCGAUUCGUACGGAAUAUAGGAUUGCUUUCCCGUACCUCUACAACAAUAUGCCGCAUUUUGUGCAUUUAUGCUGGUACCAUACACCGAAUGUGGUCUUCAUCAAAACCGAAGAUCCAGAUCUGCCAGCGUUUUAUUUUGAUCCAUUGAUCAAUCCGAUCGCCCAUCGCCAUGCGGUCAAGUCAGCUGAACCCCUACCGGAUGAUGAUGAGGAGUUUACACUGCCGGAGGAAGUUCAGCCUUUCCUCCAGGACACUCCUCUCUACACGGACAACACAGCGAACGGAAUAUCGCUCUUGUGGGCACCUCGACCUUUCAAUAUGCGCUCUGGACGCUGUCGACGAGCCAUUGACAUUCCACUGGUCAAGAACUGGUACAAGGAGCAUUGCCCUCCCAAUCAUCCGGUCAAAGUACGCGUCAGCUACCAGAAGCUGCUCAAAUACUACGUGCUCAAUGCACUGAAACACCGUAAGCCAAAACCACAGAAGAAGCGCUACCUGUUCCGUUCGUUCAAGGCGACCAAGUUCUUCCAAACCACCACACUGGAUUGGGUCGAAGCUGGUCUGCAAGUCUGCCGCCAAGGUUACAACAUGCUGAACCUGUUGAUUCAUCGUAAAAAUCUUAACUAUCUCCAUCUGGAUUACAACUUCAACUUGAAGCCGGUGAAAACCCUCACCACCAAGGAGCGUAAAAAGUCCCGUUUCGGUAACGCGUUCCAUCUGUGUCGGGAGAUCUUGCGCCUCACCAAGUUGAUCAUCGAUUCUCAUGUGCAGUACCGGUUGAACAACGUGGAUGCUUUCCAGCUGGCCGAUGGGCUGCAGUACAUCUUUGCCCACGUCGGCCAACUGACCGGAAUGUACCGGUACAAGUACAAGCUGAUGCGGCAGAUCCGAAUGUGCAAGGAUUUGAAGCAUCUGAUCUACUAUCGGUUCAAUACGGGUCCCGUUGGUAAAGGUCCCGGUUGCGGCUUCUGGGCUCCCGGAUGGCGUGUCUGGCUGUUCUUCAUGCGAGGUAUCACCCCGCUGCUGGAGCGCUGGCUGGGUAAUCUGCUUUCGCGUCAGUUCGAAGGUCGACACUCGAAGGGUGUUGCCAAGACGGUCACCAAGCAACGUGUCGAGUCGCACUUCGAUUUGGAAUUGCGUGCCUCGGUCAUGCACGACAUCGUUGACAUGAUGCCGGAGGGUAUCAAGCAGAAUAAGGCCAGAACUAUAUUGCAACAUUUGUCGGAAGCGUGGCGCUGCUGGAAAGCUAACAUCCCCUGGAAGGUUCCCGGCCUGCCAAUCCCGAUCGAGAACAUGAUUCUUCGAUACGUCAAGAUGAAGGCCGAUUGGUGGACCAACACUGCUCAUUACAAUCGAGAGCGUAUUCGUCGAGGUGCCACAGUCGACAAAACGGUUUGCAAAAAGAACCUCGGACGACUGACGCGUCUCUAUUUGAAGGCCGAACAGGAACGGCAACACAAUUACCUGAAGGAUGGACCGUAUAUUUCCCCAGAGGAAGCCGUCGCUAUCUACACAACGACGGUCCAUUGGUUGGAGUCACGUCGCUUUGCCCCGAUCCCGUUCCCUCCGCUGUCGUACAAGCAUGACACCAAACUGCUGAUUUUGGCGCUGGAGAGAUUGAAGGAAGCUUACAGCGUCAAGUCUCGUUUGAAUCAGAGCCAACGUGAAGAGCUGGGAUUGAUCGAACAGGCCUAUGACAAUCCCCAUGAAGCCCUUUCCAGAAUCAAGCGUCAUCUGCUGACGCAGCGUGCAUUCAAAGAGACCGGAAUCGAAUUCAUGGAUUUGUACAGCCACCUGAUCCCGGUGUACGAUGUCGAACCGCUGGAGAAGAUCACCGACGCCUAUCUGGAUCAGUACCUGUGGUACGAAGCGGACAAGCGACGACUGUUCCCACCGUGGAUCAAACCGAGUGACACCGAACCGCCGCCGCUGUUGGUGUACAAAUGGUGCCAAGGCAUCAACAAUCUGCAGGAAGUAUGGGACGUCUCGGAAGGCGAAUGCAACGUCCUGCUGGAAUCGCGCUACGAAAAACUGUACGAGAAGAUCGAUUUGACCCUGCUCAAUCGAUUGCUUCGUCUGAUCGUGGAUCACAACAUUGCCGAUUACAUGACCGCCAAGAACAACGUGGUCAUCAACUACAAGGACAUGAACCACACCAACAGUUACGGUAUCAUUCGAGGGCUGCAGUUCGCUUCGUUCAUCGCCCAGUACUACGGACUGGUGUUGGAUCUGCUGGUGCUCGGCUUGCAGCGGGCUAGCGAAAUGGCCGGUCCACCGCAGAUGCCGAACGAUUUCCUGACGUUCCAGGAUGUGGCCACCGAGUCGUGCCAUCCGAUUCGAUUGUACUGUCGCUACGUGGAUCGGAUUCACAUCUUCUUCCGGUUUACCGCCGAAGAGGCGAGAGAUUUGAUUCAGAGAUAUUUGACGGAGCAUCCGGAUCCGAACAACGAGAACAUCGUCGGGUAUAACAACAAGAAGUGCUGGCCAAGAGACGCGAGGAUGCGUUUGAUGAAGCAUGAUGUCAACUUGGGUCGGGCGGUGUUCUGGGACAUCAAGAAUCGUUUACCGCGAUCGGUGACUACCGUUCAGUGGGAUAAUACGUUUGUGUCGGUGUAUUCCAAGGACAACCCCAAUCUGCUGUUCAACAUGUGUGGGUUUGAAUGUAGGAUACUUCCGAAGUGUCGUACCCAAAACGAGGAAUUCACUCACCGUGAUGGAGUGUGGAAUUUGCAGAACGAAGUGACCAAGGAACGUACGGCGCAGUGUUUCUUGAGGGUGGAUGACGAGUCGUUGUCCCGAUUCCACAACCGCGUCCGCCAGAUUCUGAUGGCUUCUGGUUCGACUACCUUCACGAAGAUCGUGAACAAGUGGAACACCGCUCUGAUCGGAUUGAUGACCUAUUUCCGUGAGGCAGUUGUCAACACACAGGAACUGCUUGAUUUGUUGGUGAAGUGCGAGAACAAGAUUCAGACGCGUAUCAAGAUCGGUCUGAAUUCCAAAAUGCCUUCGAGAUUCCCGCCGGUGGUGUUCUACACUCCCAAGGAAUUGGGUGGUCUUGGAAUGUUGAGUAUGGGUCACGUGUUGAUUCCCCAGUCGGAUCUCCGGUGGUCAAAGCAGACCGAUGUGGGCAUUACCCAUUUCCGAUCGGGUAUGUCUCACGAUGAGGAUCAGCUGAUUCCGAACUUGUAUCGGUACAUUCAGCCAUGGGAAAGCGAGUUCAUUGAUUCGCAACGUGUCUGGGCUGAAUACGCUCUCAAGAGGCAGGAAGCGAAUGCUCAGAACAGACGCUUAACGCUGGAAGAUUUGGAAGACAGUUGGGAUCGAGGUAUUCCUAGGAUCAAUACACUGUUCCAGAAGGAUCGUCACACGUUGGCCUACGACAAAGGAUGGAGAAUUAGGACUGAAUUCAAGCAGUACCAGGUGCUGAAGCAAAAUCCUUUCUGGUGGACGCAUCAACGUCACGACGGCAAAUUGUGGAACUUGAACAACUAUCGAACGGAUAUGAUUCAGGCAUUGGGUGGCGUAGAAGGUAUUCUGGAACACACGCUCUUCAAGGGAACAUACUUCCCCACGUGGGAGGGUCUUUUCUGGGAGAAAGCAUCCGGUUUCGAAGAGUCGAUGAAGUACAAAAAACUGACCAACGCUCAGCGUUCCGGUUUGAACCAGAUUCCGAAUCGUCGUUUCACCUUGUGGUGGUCACCUACAAUCAAUCGAGCCAACGUUUACGUGGGUUUCCAGGUGCAGUUGGAUUUGACCGGUAUUUUCAUGCACGGUAAGAUUCCGACGUUGAAGAUUUCUUUGAUUCAAAUCUUCAGAGCUCACUUGUGGCAGAAGAUUCACGAAUCAAUCGUCAUGGAUUUGUGUCAGGUGUUUGAUCAAGAGUUGGACGCCCUGGAGAUUGAAACGGUCCAGAAGGAGACUAUCCAUCCUAGGAAGUCUUACAAGAUGAACUCGUCCUGUGCUGAUAUCUUGCUUUUCCCGGCUUACAAGUGGAACGUAUCACGACCGUCUCUCCUUGCGGAUACCAAAGACACGAUGGACAACACGACAACCCAGAAAUAUUGGUUGGAUGUGCAACUCCGUUGGGGUGACUACGAUUCCCAUGACGUAGAACGUUACGCGAGAGCCAAGUUCUUGGAUUACACGACGGAUAACAUGUCCAUCUAUCCGUCUCCAACGGGCGUCUUGAUUGCAAUCGAUCUGGCAUACAAUCUGCACAGUGCCUACGGCAAUUGGUUCCCAGGUUGUAAACCGCUGAUCCAGCAAGCCAUGGCAAAGAUCAUGAAGGCCAACCCGGCUUUGUAUGUACUUCGUGAACGUAUUCGUAAAGCCCUACAGCUAUACAGUUCGGAACCGACUGAACCUUACCUUUCGUCGCAAAACUACGGAGAGCUGUUCUCGAAUCAAAUCAUUUGGUUCGUAGACGACACCAACGUGUACCGAGUAACGAUCCACAAGACGUUCGAAGGUAACUUGACCACCAAACCCAUCAACGGAGCUAUCUUUAUCUUCAAUCCGCGAACGGGACAGCUGUUCUUGAAGAUCAUUCACACGUCCGUAUGGGCUGGUCAGAAACGUCUCGGUCAGUUAGCCAAGUGGAAAACUGCAGAAGAAGUAGCUGCUUUGAUUCGAUCCCUUCCCGUUGAAGAACAGCCGAAGCAGAUCAUUGUCACUCGUAAGGGUAUGUUGGACCCUCUUGAGGUGCAUUUGCUGGAUUUUCCGAACAUCGUGAUCAAGGGUUCAGAGCUACAACUGCCUUUCCAAGCUUGCUUGAAGGUAGAGAAGUUUGGUGAUCUUAUCCUGAAGGCUACCGAACCUCAAAUGGUUUUGUUCAAUCUGUACGACGACUGGUUGAAGACUAUCUCGUCCUACACAGCCUUCUCUCGUUUGAUCUUGAUCUUGCGUGCUCUGCAUGUCAAUACCGAAAGGACUAAGGUCAUUUUGAAACCGGACAAAACAACAAUCACUGAAGCUCACCACAUUUGGCCAACCCUAAGCGACGAAGAAUGGAUCAAGGUUGAAGUUCAACUUAAGGAUCUGAUCCUUGCCGAUUACGGAAAGAAGAACAACGUCAACGUUGCAUCGUUGACUCAGUCCGAAAUCCGUGACAUCAUUCUUGGAAUGGAAAUUUCUGCUCCGUCUGCCCAACGUCAACAGAUCGCAGAAAUUGAGAAACAAACCAAGGAACAAUCUCAACUCACAGCAACUACCACUAGAACCACCAACAAGCAUGGUGAUGAAAUUAUCACUUCCACAACCAGUAAUUACGAAACCACUACAUUCAGCUCGAAAACCGAAUGGCGUGUCCGAGCCAUUUCAGCCACGAAUCUUCAUCUCCGAACCAACCACAUCUACGUCAGUUCGGAUGACAUCAAGGAAACCGGCUACACCUAUAUUCUGCCGAAGAAUAUCCUCAAGAAGUUCGUCACCAUUUCGGAUCUUCGUGCGCAGAUUGCAGGCUAUCUGUACGGCGUAAGCCCUCCAGAUAACCCUCAGGUCAAGGAAAUUCGUUGCAUCGUGAUGCCACCGCAGUGGGGAACCCAUCAACAGAUCAACCUCCCGAACACCCUCCCAACCCACCAGUAUCUCAAAGACAUGGAACCUCUCGGAUGGAUCCACACGCAACCGAACGAGUUGCCCCAACUUUCCCCACAGGACAUCACCACCCAUGCAAAGAUCAUGUCCGAGAACACCACGUGGGAUGGAGAAAAAACAAUCAUCAUCACGUGUUCCUUCACGCCCGGUUCCUGUUCGCUUACAGCCUACAAACUAACCCCCUCGGGUUAUGAGUGGGGCCACAAGAACACCGACAAGGGAAACAACCCCAAAGGAUACCUGCCUUCCCACUACGAGCGCGUUCAAAUGCUGUUAUCCAACAAAUUCCUCGGAUUCUUCAUGGUCCCGGCGCAGGGAAGCUGGAACUACAACUUUAUGGGCGUGAGGCACGACCCGAACAUGAAGUACGAACUGCAGCUGGCCAAUCCCAAGGAGUUCUACCAUGAAGUGCACAGACCGUCGCAUUUCCUACUGUUCUCUAGCUUGGAAGAGGGCGCCGAUGGAAACGGUGCCGACAGGGAGGAUCUGUUCGCGUAAAUGUUGUGUGGAAAUUGAUGGUGAAUGCGUGGUUGUCUUGUUUAAUGCUUGAGUUUAUCUUUAAGGUUAUUCAUUACUCUAAUUAACUGUGUAAAUAGUCACUUGGCUCUUUGACGGUAUCAUUAAUAAAAAAAAGUUUAGAAUAAUUA